AAGAAUCUAAUUAGGUCUUGAGAAUCCGGCCCCGAUUCUGAACAUAGAUGAUUUAUGCAUAAUUUUUGUUUAAGAUAAAUAAUUCGUUAUGCUAUCCUCUACACAAACAUAGCAACCUACUUCUAAUACUCAAUUUUAUCUUCAUCUGAUCUUCCUCUAUUAUAUCCAGCUCAAAGAUCAACGAUUAUUGGCAAUAAUAAUUGGAACAAUAGCAAUAUUCAUGAUAAUAAUUUGAUAUUAUGAAAAUUGAAUAAAUUAAACAGAAACAUUUCAAAAUUAAAUGAAAAAAUUGAAAGCCUAAUAGAAGAAAUAAUGCAUUUGAACAUUUUAUGGAGAAACAAUAUUCAUUUUGCUCAAGAAACUGUGAAAAAUCCAGAGAUUAGAAAUAAAUAAGAGUGUGGAGAAAACCCAUGUUGAGCAUGUUGCCAUGCAUCAAAAUAUAUUUAUGAAAUUAUUAUUUCCUAUGUUACAGAUGGAAUCUUGAUUUUAAAACAAAAUCAGAACUUUAUCGAUUACAAAUGAAGAAAGGUAUGAACUGUAUACAAUGACUCUGUCCUCUAAAGCUUCCCCUUGUUUUUAUUGUACCCUAGCAACAAAAAUAAUUGAGAGAGGUAGAAAAUUUUGUGUAGUGCUACGGAUUGUUUAUCCCAUUCGGAUUUUCCAAUGUUUGUAAAUGUUUUUGAAGAGUGAGAAAGUUCCCCACUUUUGUCUGUAUGUUUUAAAAAAUGAGAAAAUUUUCUAAAACCUUAGUGUUGCAAAAAAAAUAACCUGGACUCAAUUUAUAAUGAGCAUAUCACCUUUUUAGCUUUCUUAACUGCACGUUGCACAAUUUUUUUCACUUGAAAAAUACCGGAUUGCGAUUCCAAGCGACCUACGUUCUCGUUAAUCAACCCUUUCUUCCCAAUUUCGAUCGCAUGGAUGAGUUAGUACUUCAACUCUUUUGCUUAAAAAAAAAUAAAUCUUAAAUUUUUUUCUGUGGAACUAAUUCAAAAGUUCUUAGCUACCAUGUCCUUCUAAGGCAACAGUAAGUUUAACCUGUGAUUAGUUCGAACGUAAGUGUGAGUCACCACGCCCUCUAUUAAUAUAAUGAAGUUCAGUCAUAACGUUGUUGAGAAUUAAAACUUCGUUAAUGUCGUUAGAAAUUUAUACAAGAGAUACCUCGGUGUAUCAAUACAACAUCAGGCAGAUGAACGUGUCCGCUCCUUCGUCUAUUGGCUAAUAUGUUCGUCAAAUCUAGAGUUAAGUGUCUAGCCAAGUAAAGCACCUGAAAUAAGUUUUAAAAACGCUUGUUCUGUUCUUGUUUUUAUUUAUUAAAGUGGUUCUGUAUGUUUUUUUUCAUUUUUAGAUACUCGAAUUAUUAAAAAUGGCCACAGAAAAUAAUAAUAAACCGUUAUUUCAACGUUUACCAACAACCAUCAUUCCAACACAUUACGAUCUGACCAUUCAGCCACAUCUUGAUACAUUUAAAUUCGAUGGAAGUGUCAAUAUUCAUUUGAAAGUGAAAGAGUCAACUAGUACAGUAGAAUUGUAUGCUGCUGAUUUAGAAAUUGAAAAAGCUCAGCUUCAAUCUGCCGAUUCAUCAUCCCAAGAUGGGUCAAUUCAAAUGGACACAGAAGGAGAACGAAUUAAAGUGAAUUUUUCUAAUAAACUCGAUAAAGGUGAUUAUCAAUUAAGUUUAAAAUUUACUGGUGACAUAAACAAUAAAAUGAAAGGUUUCUACCGUUGUAAAUAUGUAACACCCUCAGGUGAAACACGAUAUGGUGGAAGUACACAAUUCGAGCCAGCAAAAUCAGAAUCGGAAUUUCAAGAUGAUAAAUCAUGGAAAGUAACAAAAUUUGAUCGUACUCCGAUUAUGUCAACAUAUCUCGUUGCAUUUAUUGUGGGAGAAUAUGAUUAUGUUGAAACAAAAGAUUCCAAUGGAGUCAGUAUGAAAGUGUACACACCGUUGGGAAAAAAAGAACAUGGUCAAUUUGCAUUAGAAGCUGCAGCAAAAAUCUUGCCGUUUUACGCCGAAUAUUUUGAAAUUAAAUAUCCAAUUCCCAAGGCCGAUAUGAUUGCUAUUCCUGACUUUGCGAUGGGCGCUAUGGAAAACUGGGGUUUAAUUACCUAUAGAGAAACAACAUUACUUAUUGAUCCAAAAUUUUCCUCAAUGGAUCAACGUCAAAGAGUCGCACUUGUUGUCGCACAUGAGCUUGCUCAUCAAUGGUUUGGAAAUUUAGUAACAAUGGAAUGGUGGACAGAUCUUUGGUUAAAUGAAGGUUUUGCAACAUGGAUUGAAUAUCUUGCUGUUGACAAAUGUUUUCCAGAAUUUGAUGUUUGGACACAAUUUAUUGCUGAUGCAUUCGCACGUUUUCUUGUGCCAGAUGCAUUAAAAGCGUCGCAUCCAAUCGAAGUUCCCAUUGGUCAUCCAGCUGAAAUUGAUGAAAUAUUUGAUGCCAUAUCAUAUUCGAAAGGUUCAUCUGUUAUUCGAAUGCUGCAUGAGUAUAUUGGUGAUGAUGCAUUUCGCAAAGGUUUACAUAAGUAUUUAAAAGAAUAUAGUUAUAAAAAUACUAUCACAGAAAAUUUAUGGUCUCAUUUGACUGAAGCAUCAAGUAAACCUGUAAACGAUGUAAUGUCUUCUUGGACAUUACAAAUGGGUUAUCCACUGAUAAGUGUUCAUGAACAACAAUUAAAUAAACAACGUGUAUUAAAAUUGACACAACAACGUUUUAUUUGUGAUGGCAGUAAUGAUGAUGAAAAUCUUCAAUGGAAAGUACCAAUAACUAUCUUUACCAAAUCACAAUCCGAUGUGCUAAAAGUCUUGAUGGAUAAACCUGAAAUUACAAUAGCAUUAGAUAAUGUGGAGGAAGGUGAUUGGAUUAAAUUAAAUAAAAAAAGUAUUGGUUUAUAUCGUGUGAAAUAUGAAUCUAAAACAUUAGAAAGAUUAAAUGAACCAAUUUCAUCAAAAGUUUUAAGUCCACAAGAUCGAUUAAUGAUACAAAAUGAUGUAGCUGCAUUGUGCAAUGCUGGACAUGAAUCAUUCGUUGAUUAUUUGAAACUAUUACGAGCAUACAAGAAUGAAGAUAAUUUUACGGUAUGGAAAUCAAUAGCAUCAAAUAUUGGUGAUUUAUCAACACUGCUAGAAUAUACAAACUAUUUUGAACAAAUGAAAAAAUUUCGUCUUGAUAUAUUUUCAACGAUACAACGUAAACUUGGAUGGGAUGCAAAACCGGAUGAAGAUCCGUUGUCGGCAAUGCUUCGUCCACUUAUCUUAGGGCUUGUAGGAAAAUCUGGUGAUCAAGCUGUUAUUGAUGAGGCUAAACAUCGUUUUCAAAGACAUCUUGCUGGUGAUUUAAUCGAUCCAAAUAUUCGUGGUGCUGUCUAUGUUCUCGUUUCUCGGUAUGGCGAUGAGAAAACACAAGAAGAAUUGAAAAAACUUUAUGCAACUGCUGAUAUGAUGGAAGAAAAAUCUCGUUUAUUACGGUCAAUGGGUCAAACAUUGAAACCAGAAUUAAUUAAAAAAACACUUCAAUUUGUUUUUGAAGGGGACAAUGUACGAAUGCAAGAUUCUAUAUCCGGUUUGGCUGGUUGCACAUCAAGUAAAGUUGGACGGGAUCUUGUAUGGAAAUUUUUGAAAGAAAAUUGGACAAAAUUAAAAGAACGUUUUGGUGAAAAGAGUAACUUUUUAAUUUAUUUUGUUGAAUAUGGUUUAUCUGAUUUUGCUGAUGAAGAAAUAUCAAAUGAUAUAACAUCAUUUUUCGAUAAAGCCAAUACACCCAUUGUCAUGCGACCGGUGAAAAAAGUUGUGGAAACAAUUCAUAUGCGUUCUGAAGUGUUAAAACGUGAUUCAAAAGCAAUUGAAGACUUUUUCGUUGGUAAUAAUAUCUGA